AUGAACCAGGAGUUCUCGCUGGAGGUCUACUCCGCUGCCCACGCCGUCGUUCGGCUAUACGGUUUCCUUCUCACAGUGCCACCUGAACUGGGGACGGCCGACGACGAGCUCGACAUGAGCUGCCCCGGCGAUGACGAGCUGGUGGAAAUGGAGUACGUCCCCGAGGGGCGGUUUCUUGGAGGACCGGCGCCGUGGUUCGCCGACGCUGGGUGUACGGCCGGCUGCAUGCGGGUCGCCGCCGUGGACGACCAAGAAGAAGACGCAGACAGCAAGCAGAUCCUGGUGCUCUACCGCUACGCCCCUUUUUCAGUAUCAUCGGACGGCGUGGUAGUGCGAGGGAGCACCAAGAAGCACCUGCUCCGGUUCAUGGCCACCGGCGACCACACGGCGAGGUCGCUGGCGUGGGCCGGAUCGUCUCUGCCCCGGCUGAUAUACCCCGGUCACUUCAGCGAGCAGCUCCAGGAGCUAUGGUUGAGCCUGGCGGCGCAGGUGAGCGUGCUGCCGCGGGCCGCGCGCGUCGAGGUGUUCGUCGACGUCGGCAUCCUCCGGAGGUCGUCGUACUACACGCCCGAGCGCAUGGAGUGGAUGCGCCCCGCGCUGGAGGACAUGGUGGAGGAGCCGUGGCCCGUGCGCUUCACCGGCAUGGAAUUGCACCUGCCAGAGCCGAUGCGGCGCGACCAUGAUAAAGACGAAGCCAACGAUGAUAUGGACGCCGGUGAACGGCCAGUAAAGCGAAGGAGGGUUGUCGCCGCCGGGGAGGAUUGCCCCAUCUGCUUGCAGCUGCUCGAGGGCGACGACCUCGCCGCGUGGCCUGGGUGCGGCAAGCCCCACGUCUUCCAUGGCGCGUGCUUGGAGAGCGUCCUCGUGGAGAGCAAGACGUGCCCUAUGUGCAGGCGCACGCUGUACGUCGAGCCUAAAUAA